AACAAACCCCUUCAUCGUCAAGACUUCACAUUCACUUUUUCGAAAUCCUCAAACCCCCCAAAAGAAAAAAAAAAAAAAACAGAAAAAGAAAAGAAAAAAUUACAGCUUGUAAAAAUUCCCCAUGAUUAUUCUCUUUUGAUUGCUGUGAUUUGAUAUUACGGAACUGUAACGGAGUAAUCAAUUACUCCCUUUUCCUCUUUUCUCUCAUACCCUUUUGUCAGUUUCACCUGUGAGCUGUGUGCGCUUCAACUACACGCACAUUGCGCGAAAGCAGAGACCCCCUCCGUACUGUGUCUUUCUUCUCAGCCUUUAGUGGGGAGAGGAUCAUGGAAUUUCAGAGGAUUAUUAGCGUGUUUUCUCAGUGACCUUUUUUUCCUACUUUGGAAGCAGCUUUGGCCAAAUGCACUGACCAAAAAUGAUGUCUUUCUGGGCCAAGAAAUGGAAAUGAGAUGCUGGGUAGAAGAGAUAAGGUUCCUCCUAGGUGAAUAACUGAAGGAGCUUGAGAGGUAUUCAAGAAUUUCUUGGGAGCAUUGUUGAAGAAAUGAGUGAAAGUGGGGGGAUAACAGCUUCAUCAUUGGCUAUAACAGAGAAGAAGCCUCAAAGAAGUGGGGGCUGUGUGGGCAUCUUCUUUCAGUUGUUUGAUUGGAACCGCAGGUUUGCCAAGAAGAAACUAUUUUCCAAGAAACUGCUCCCACCAGUUCGUUUAAAGCAAGGCUCUAAGAAGUUUGGGGGAGAUGAGAAACAGCCAAAGCAUAGAUUGAUUGCUGAUGAGAACAGUGGGGGCUUUCCUAAUAUUAUUAAGAGUAAUAGCAAAGGGUGUAGUGUUUAUUCCGAAAAGAAGCAUGAAAUGCGAUCUCCGGGUUUGGUUGCUAGGCUCAUGGGGCUGGAUUCAAUGCCAGCAGUUCCAAAGGAGAAGCCAAAGAAGGUUUCAUUUAAUGAAUCUUCUACAGGUAAUAAGGAGGAGAAGUUUGGUUGUGAUACAGGUAGGUUUGGGGAUGAAGAGCAAAGCUUUGUGAAAAUGGGGGCAAAGCAAGAAUUAAGGCCUCAGAAGCUUCAGAAAACGGGGCUGAGUGAGAGGCGCCCGGUGACUAGGUUUGGUGCUGAGGCAUUGCAGAUAAAGAGUAUGCUGUCGCGGUCUAGGAAGCAGCAUCACCGGAAGCUGGCUACUCCGCUGAAAAGUCCUAGGAAUGUUGCUGGGAGAAAUGCAUCUCGGUUGAUUGGUGUUGCUACCAAGAUUCUGGAGCCCGGGAUGCAGAAGAGUAGGGGGAAAUAUGCCCUGCCUCGACCUCCAGCAGUUUUGCAGGAGCACCCGAUAAGUUCAACACCGGGCAAUUGCAAUUCUGAAUUCUCUAGUUACUAUUCGGGCACUGCCAAUCCACUCAAGGGAACAUCGUGUAAACAUUGUGGCCAUUCGCUUGACAUCUUGGACUCCAUACCGAGCCAAGAAGAACAACCAUUUAUAAUUCCUUCGCCUGUUUCAAAUUGCAUCGAACAUUGUCAAGAUUCAGAAAGAAGCAUGCCAAGAGUGCCCGUAUUUUAUUCCCAGGAACAAAAGGAAUGGGCUCAUCAGGGGCCAUUGUAUUCUUCUGCUGUAGAAGAAGAAUUAUGUUCUUCAGGAGGUAGAUUCGAGAAGAAUCCCGUUACCAGAGGCCAAAUGCCACAGAAGUUGACUAGCCAAGAGUGCCAACUGAGCCAUAGUUCAUCUCAAAAGCCAAAUCAAAUGUUUCCCGGGAGAGAUAGAGUUCCUCAAAGGGAAAGGUCAAGCAGUUUGCAGAGCAAUAGAGUCACAUCAGCAGCGAAUUCUGUCAACGAGACAAAAAAUUUUGUUGCGCUGAACAAAGCCUUAAAUGGAAGUGCUCGAAUGAGGGUGCCAACCAAAUCAGAUAGUUGUGCUUUUGAAUCAGAAAGAAGAUUUUGUAAUAGGAGAACCGAGUCCCUUUCUCCAGUGCGUAAGAGAAGGUCUGUAAAUGUAACUAGACAAGGUGAGAGUUCGGAGUUCACAAAUUUUAAUUUAGGAAAAGGACUAAGUGGUAGCUCCAAGAACUGGGCUUAUACUGAUAGGAAGUCGCCAUAUCCACAAGAAACUGGCGAAAAUGGCUCGAGACAGAAGGCCAAUGAUAUCGUUUCAUUCACUUUUAAAUCGCCAGUGAAGCAGAAGGCGGGGGUGCAAGGAGAAGCUAUUGGAAGAAGGUUCCAGGCUAACUCAUGUUCUGAUAGGACCCCGGGGAAAUUGGUAUUGAAGGAAAAUAAUGGCAGCAUUUGCUCAGAGGAACCACCGUUUGGUUUGAGAGGGGACACACUUGGCGCGAUUCUGGAACAGAAACUGAAAGAGCUGACUUGUCAAGAAGUCGAGUUGGCCGAAGGAUCAAGAAAAACUACUGCUGUCAUUCUUCAGGAGCUAAUAUCUGCUUUAACAGCAGAGAGACAAUUUCCCGAGGAUGAUUUUAUUGUAAGAUCUAACGGGAAAACUGAUAUCUCUCAUCAUGACUAUACCCCAAUGAAGUUUCAGGCCACGGCAAAAUCAGCCACAACCCCAGCUGGAUACAACCAGGAUAUUAAUCACUUCAGCCCGGGAUCCGUUCUCGAAGGUUCAUUUUCGAAUAACAGUUACAUCUCGAGCAGUCUGGAUGGAAACUCAAUUUCAGGGGAUAAAUUGAUUGCUGAUUCUUUGUAUUCCUGUGAUGAAUUUCUGGACUCUGCAACCUCUUUGGCCACGGGGAAGUGCUAUAGAACAUUGGCCAGUGAACUUUUUAACAACAUUUCUGCAGUUUUACAAAAGAUCAACCUUUUUAACGGUGACUUGAGAGGAAGCAAGCUUGAGUAUUCAAAGGAGAUACUUUUAAAUGCUGAACUAGUACUUGGACUUCUAGACACAGGUUUUUCUGUAACCCAAUUUGUUCUCGAGGAACUUGAAACGCUGGCGAGUGUUAUGUUGAUGAGGUUUCGUGACCUACUUGGCCUCGAGAAUGCCAAACAUGGAAGCCAACUUAAACAGUUCAUCUUUGAUUGCGUUUUAGAGGUUGUAGACACGAAGGUCAGUCGAUAUUCCAAAUCUGGUUUCAGGGCAUGGACAAAGCUACCGGCUUGCAUGAACACAGAGAUGCUAGUGUUUGAGAUACUCGGGGAGGUGAAACGGUGGAUGGCAAUGACGGGGUUGAUUCAUGAUGAUAAAAUAGAAUGGGACAUGAGUCAUUCUUUGGGAAAAUGGACUGAUUUUGAGGUUGAAGUGUUUGAAAAUGGCGGUGAAAUCGAUCGACAGAUACUCCAGAGUUUGGUAGAUGAAGUUGUGAUGGACCUCUGUACUGUAGUGUAAACCAGGUUUCAAGUAAUGAGGGUUCCAAAAUCAACAUUCCAAGGGAUCCCUCUUCUUCUUCUUCAUCAAAUCUUUAGCAUGAAUGUUUGUACAAAUGGAGCACUGUAGUGACUGACUUUGUAUCUGAUAUCAGUUUUAGUAGAAUUUGUAUUCAUAGAAUUUGCAUCAUAAAACCUGUGCUUUCAUGAAUUUGCCUUUUUCAAUUUUCAUUAA